UACAGUCUCCAUUUCCGCGUUAUUUCCAGGUUUAAAGCGCUCCUAUGGAUUGGCGGAGCGCUUUUUAAGGCUUAUCGACAAAGUUUUACUUGCAUAUUAUACCAUUUUAACGGUGCUCCCGGGGAAGACAUAUAACCACAAGCGUCGAUAACUUGACUAGAUUAUGUUGUAUCUUGUUGGAAACUGUGAAUUUAGCGGAUUCAGAAAUUGUUAAACUGGUCCGGCUAAAUUAGUUAGCAAGCUAUCACUUGGUUCCGGCUGUAUUUGUGCUGAAUUAAACCAUGGCAGAUGCCAAUGGCGGAGAAAGGGGAAACGAAAACGAGUCGAGGGGGGCUGCAGGUGGUGAAGAUGUCAUGGAUGAGGUGAUCACUGAACAGGGUGCUGUUCUACUAAGAAGGUAUGUUAUUGAACGAGUUACUGUAGAGGAUCCAUCCGUGCAUGUGAGCCAUGAGGAUUUAGGGGGACGAGCCCAUGAAGCAGAAGAUCCUCAAAUCAAAGAGGUUGUACAUCAACUUUUGAAGAUAGCCGAUGACCUUCACAAGAAUGCUGAACUUCAACAUCUCAUCAGCACUGUGCAAGCAAACUGUGCUCAGGACGUCUUCAUGACUGUGGCCAGGAGCAUCUUUGAGGAUGGCAUUAACUGGGGACGUGUUGUGGCACUGUUUCACCUUGCUUAUAGGCUCAUUUACCAGGCUCUGACUCAGAACCACUUUGACAUUAUCAAGAGGAUCAUUAGCUGGGUUUUACAGUUUAUGAAGGAAAACAUUUCUGCCUGGAUCAGACAGCAAGGAGGAUGGGAGGGCAUUUUCCGCACCGUGUCAAGAUGGCGUACUGUGUCUUUCAUCGCUGCCAUGGCAUUCAUUGUAGCUGCUGUUUAUUGGAGAAAAACACGCUAAGAUAAAAGUGAAAGACACCAUCAAGUUUCAUAAUUCUCACAAAUGUGAUCUCAAAACUCAUAAGUGGUGCAAUCAGGUGGACCAAUCACAGGUCAUACAGACAAAUCAUGCUUCAUGCCUUACUAUGUUUAAAGACUUAAACAUGAAAAAAAGCCACUGCAGAAGAUACUGUAGCCUUUUAUCUAGAAUUUCUAUUUUUUUAAACAAUCCCUGUCGGAUGUUGUGUCUAUCGUUUUCAGUACAGUUGAGUCAAUGAACAUAUUUCACCUUGAUUUAUUUAUAUAAGGGAUUUUUAAGACCGCACUUUUUCACCACCAAUGCCUUUUACUCUGUAAAUGUUUUUCUGGCUCAGGUAUAAACAUUUUUUAAUGUGCCACAGUACAUACCAGCCCUACCUCGAAUCUGCUAAAUAUCUGAGACUAACAGUUUACAGUUUAUUACAUCAGGAAUACAGGGACAGUGCUGAAAAAUAUUAAGUCUUUUUUUUUUUUUUUAAUUGAACUUCAACAAAGGUUUAAAAUGCAGUUUUAGUGGUGUAAAUGAUUUAUAGGCUUAGCAUGCUAUUGGUGAAAUACAGGGAAUGUGGACAAUAAUUAUUGCACACCUCUAAAUAAAUUUGACAAUGAAUUAC